AUGUCUCCCCCAGCUUCAGUGGGUUUCUCCAAUCUACUGAACCCGCAAGACACAGCCGCCGCAGACCCGGCCUCGUCCCCUUCUGCUCCCUCCACGACGCCUUCGGACUCUGCCAUGGCUUCGCCGAGUCUUCUGCCGCCUCUCAUGAAGGGUGCCCGUCCCGCCAACGAGGAGGUCCGCCAGGACCUGCCCCGUCCCUACAAAUGCCCGCUCUGCGACCGAGCCUUCCACCGCUUGGAGCAUCAGACCCGGCACAUCCGGACACACACCGGCGAAAAGCCCCAUGCAUGCCAGUUCCCUGGCUGCACCAAGCGCUUCUCUCGUUCCGAUGAGUUGACUCGUCACUCGCGCAUUCACAACAACCCCAACUCGCGUCGGAGUAACAAGGCGCAGCAUUUGGCCGCCGCCGCCGCCGCUGCGGCCGCCGGUCAAGAUGUCGCGAUGGCCAAUGCCGCCAAUAUGAUGCCUCCUCCUAGCAAGCCUAUCACCCGCUCAGCGCCCGUGUCGCAAGUCGGCUCCCCCGACGUGUCUCCGCCUCACUCCUUCUCCAACUAUGCCAACCACAUGCGCUCCAAUCUGGGCCCCUACUCUCGCACCGCUGAGCGCGCCUCUUCGGGUAUGGACAUCAACCUGCUGGCGACGGCCGCCUCGCAGGUGGAGCGGGAUGAUCACAUGGGUUUCCAUGGGUCGCGACACCAUAUGUAUGGCCCUCGCCACCACAACGCGCGCGGCCUGCCUUCGCUUUCUGCCUACGCCAUCUCACAGAGCAUGACUCGGUCGCAUUCCAACGACGACGACGAUGCCUACGCUCAUCGCGUAAAGCGCUCGCGUCCCAACUCCCCGAACUCGACCGCUCCCUCCUCUCCGACCUUCUCUCACGACUCGCUUUCGCCUACUCCCGACCACACCCCGCUGGCCACUCCGGCCCAUUCGCCUCGCCUGCGUCCCCUGGGCGCUAACGAACUGCACCUGCCUUCCAUCCGGCACCUGUCUCUUCAGCACACUCCCGCUCUGGCCCCGAUGGAGCCGCAACCGGAGGGCCCCAAUUACUACAGCCCCGGUCAGGGUCACAUGGGCCCUAGCAUCACGGAUAUCAUGUCCAAACCAGACGGCACCCAGCGCAAAUUGCCUGUGCCGCAAGUACCCAAGGUUGCCGUGCAGGACAUGCUGAACCCCACGAGCGGCUUCACCUCCAUGUCGUCCUCGACCAACAAUUCCGUCGCGGGUAACGAUCUGGCCGAGCGCUUUUAG